UGGUGUCUGGCGGCGGCACAAUGGCAGCCAACGGCGGCGUUUCCAAGGAUUCCGGCCACGCUCGUCUCCAUCAGCUCGGCUACAAACAAGAGCUCAAGCGUGACCUCUCGGUGGUGUCCAAUUUUGCUUUCUCAUUUGCCAUCAUAUCAGUUCUCACUGGUAUAACGACGCUGUACAGCACUGGGCUGAAAUUUGGGGGCCCAGUUUCUAUUGUGUAUGGGUGGUUUAUAGCUGGUUGUUUCACCAUGAUUGUUGGUUUGUCCAUGGCUGAGAUUUGUUCUUCUUACCCAACUUCUGGGGGUUUGUAUUAUUGGAGUGCCAUGCUUGCUGGCCCCAAAUGGGCACCCUUUGCUUCUUGGCUCACUGGCUGGUUCAACAUAGUUGGUCAGUGGGCAGUCACAACGAGUGUGGAUUUUUCACUUGCAACGCUGAUUCAAGUGAUCAUUCUCCUUAGCACAGGUGGAAAGAACAAUGAUGGCUAUGAGGCUUCUAAAUAUGUAGUCAUUUGUUUCCAUGGAGGAAUUUUGUUUCUACAUGCCAUCAUAAACAGUCUUCCCAUCUCAUAUUUAUCCUUCUUUGGACAGCUGGCUGCUGCAUGGAAUUUUGUAGGUGUCUUUGUCCUCAUGAUCCUCAUUCCCCUUGUUGCAACGGAAAGGGCUAGCCCUAAGUUUGUAUUCACUCACUUCAACACUGAUAAUGGCGACGGAGUUAACAACAAAUUAUACAUAUUUGUUCUGGGACUGUUAAUGAGUCAAUAUACAUUAACUGGCUAUGAUGCAUCUGCUCAUAUGACAGAGGAAACCAAGAGUGCUGAUAUUAAUGGACCAAAAGGAAUAAUCAGUUCCAUCGGAAUAUCUAUUAUUGUUGGAUGGGGUUAUAUCCUUGGAAUCACCUUUGCUGUUACCAACAUCCCACACCUUUUAGAUGAGAACAAUGAUGCCGGUGGUUAUGCCAUUGCUGAAGUAUUCUAUCUAGCCUUCAAGAGUAGGUAUGGGACUGGAGUUGGAGGAAUUAUAUGCUUGGGAGUGGUUGCUGUUGCCAUAUUUUUCUGUGGAAUGAGUUCAGUUACUAGCAACUCCAGGAUGGCUUAUGCAUUCUCCAGAGAUGGAGCCAUGCCAUUUUCCCCAUUUUGGCAUAAAGUGAACAAGCAUGAAGUCCCAUUAAAUGCAGUUUGGCUUUCUGCUCUUAUAUCGUUUUGUAUGGCACUGACAUCUCUUGGAAGCCUUGUAGCGUUCAAUGCCAUGGUGUCUAUUGCAACCAUUGGACUGUACAUUGCUUAUGCCCUGCCCAUUUUCUUCAGGGUGACCUUGGCACGCAAGUCCUUCGUUCCCGGACCUUUCAACUUGGGUCGCUAUGGGAUCCUUGUUGGCUGGAUUGCAGUUCUUUGGGUGGCAAUAAUCUCGGUACUCUUCUCAUUGCCUGUGGCCUAUCCAAUUAGCAAUGAGACACUCAACUAUACUCCUGUUGCAGUUGGGGGUUUGUUAAUUAUCACAGUUUUUGCAUGGGUAUUCAGUGCUCGCCACUGGUUUAAAGGUCCUAUAACCAAUAUAGAUGCAUGAACAUGUGUAUAUUCAGUGAUGUUUAUUUGUUGGAAACUUUUAUAGAAUAGAAUGUUGAAAGGAAAGCAUGUCCUGGAAAUCACUUUUUUUCUUUUUUUCUUUUUUCUAAAAGAAAAUGAAUUAAUUUUUAUAAACUACCCAAUCAAUGGUAACAUCCAGAUCAGAGC